CUUCUAUUAGAAUAGAGAGAAAGAAACUGGACUAGAAGUAUUGGCAUCGUUCUACAGUACAGAUACAGACUUCGUUUUUCUGUUGUUCAGUUGCUUCAGGACAGAUCCUUAAGAUACCAAACAUGGUCAGAACAAGGGAUGCGGCUGGUGUUAAAGUUGCGGGAGCCAAAGCUUCCCGUAAAGGCCCACCCCCUGCCCCGGUAACCCCAUCUUCUGCUGAUACAAACUCUGCAAAAAACAAAUAUGCUGGAGGCAACCCGUACUGUCCUCGCGAGACACCGGCUUGGCAGAAGCCAAUAACCCAGUUCUUUUCUUCUGCUAACAACGGUGCAUGCUCCAGCGGAGAAGGUUCUUCGUCUUCUUCAUCCGCUCAACCCACUUCUGCAGAACAACCCGCUUCCGCUGAACAGUCCACUUCUGCAGAACAACCCGCUUCCGCUGAACAGUCCACUUCUGCAGAACAACCCGCUUCAGCUGAACAAUCUGCUUCUACAGAACAACCCGCUUCAGCUGAACAGUCCGCUUCUGCAGAACAACCCAUUUCUGAAGAACCUGGCACAUCUGAUGAUGCAAGGAUUUGAUUUAGAGAAUGAAGACUAAGAGUUUUUGAGAAGCAUUGUGUCAUUAUAUAUUGUUGAGUUUUGCCAGUGACACUAAGUCAAACUAAAGACUUAAGAGAACUAAGAGUAGUGUUAUUGUGUUAUUUAUAUUUUGUUAAGUUUUAUCAGUUACACUAUUUCACAUAAAAGUGACUGACUAAAAUGAAUAAGAAUAAGUGCAGUGCACUAAACUGGUAAUUGUUUACUUGAGCUCCUAACAAUGAAGGCUGGAGAAUCUAAGGUACUGCAAGUAUGUGAGUAACCUUGAGUUGUGCAGUGGUGUAAUUCAGAUUACUUCAAUAUUGAUUUUCAGUUUACCAUUCAUAGCUUAGUAAAAAAGUAAAAUUCCAUUCUUUUGACAUAAAUAAUGUAAAAUAUGUGUCAUGUUAAAAUCAUUAGUUAUCAUGAAUAUUUGACAAACCAUUGUAAAAUAGGAUAGAAGACUGAAACAGUUUGACUAUUGAACGGUUCUAUAUGAGCUAAGAUGUUAAAACCACUUCAUGGUAAUGUAUUUCAAUUUAAUGUGACUUCAAUGUACAUAUCCGUAAAGUAAGCCACAUAUAUUUCCAGUUCAUGUUAUUGUUAGUGUGCCUUAAAUACCUCAGGUUUUGUCCUAAUACUUGUUUAUAGAGUUAUUUGUGUUUGAGUAGACUUAGAUUUUUUUACCGAUACCGAGUUUAGGUUAUUUUUUUAUUAAGAAAAAGUGUUGGGCCAGAAAGUAAUUUUUAACAUCUUUUUACGUGUCUAUUAUGGGUCCUGAAGUAGUGUUUAUGACAAAUGGUUAUUCCAUUGAACUAAGAAGACUAGUUGUGCUAAUUUAAAUCACCCAAAUCACAUAGCUUUAACGGUCAACUACUCAAUGAGGUACAAGAAUUAGUUGUGCAUAUUGACCAAAAUACACAAACACAGUACCAUAUCGCUCUACUAGAGCUGCAGUGGGAACCAAACACUUCCCUACUGCACAACAAACGAUCAAAUACCCAUAAAGUUAAAGCAUAAAUCUUAUUUUCAAAUCUAAAAAUGUCUUUAAACUCAAUCGGUGACUUAUUUAUUUAUUAUCCUUAUUAAUAAUAAUUAAUUAAAUGUUAUCGCACUUAAAUUUUAGGCUAUUCAAUAUUUUGCUUGGCCCAACGACUUUUUGUGUGAACGGUACAAUUGUUCAUAUACCUCAUACUGUUAUUCUGUACUGAUUACUGGAUUAGUAUUUUCCUAGAGGAAAUUAAUUUAAUUGAUGUGGUCAGUUAAAGUAUGUUCCUGAACUUUUAGUUUAAAUUACAUUCUAUUAAUUGAGGUUUGAUUUCUUUGUCUACUAUGAAACCAACAAUUGAUUGUUUAUAAGGAAUCAAUUUUAGUAAUUUGGUUUCUUUGUAUUUUUACAUUUUUUACUGACAUAAUUUUGAAUAACACA